AUAUAGAUUUUGCAAGUCCAACUGAAUUCAAAAUCCGUACGUGUAUGAAAAAUUGUUUUCGAAUCAUAUUUGGCGAACAACAAUGAAUUAUAUCAACCGGUGAUUACUUAAGAUUUUCUAUCUAGUUUUGUUUGAACUAGUCGUUGUUGAAUAAGCCUGUUCUGGUCCUUUCUCUAAAGCGCGUUUUCGUAAGCAUGAAUCCGGAGAGGGUCGCAUUGCUUAAGCAGUUUGUUGAGCUGCUUAAAGAGAAACCUGAAGUUCUCGACACCCCUGAACUGUCGUUCUUCAAAGACUGGCUUAAAAGUCUUGGGGCUAACGUUCCUGUUUCACAACCUAACCGACCCACUGAAAAUUCAUUUUCAGACGACUCUGGUGCAGAUGAGACCUCAGAAUCUGAAAUAGAGUUUGAUGAUGAAGUGCUGCCAAAGGAACCUGUCCCAGACCUAGAUAUGGGUGACGAUUCGAUAGAAGUAACUGAUGAAUUGAGAGAAAAAGCUGAAGAAAAGAAAUGUGAAGCAAUGGCUAAAAUGUCUGAUGGAGACUUUACUGGGGCCGUUGAUUUGUUCACCGAAGCAAUUAAACUAAACCCCCAGUCCUCACUAUUUCAUGCUCGACGUGCAAGUUGCUUUGUACGAAUGAAAAAGCCGUCCCAUGCUAUUGCAGAUUGUGACAAAGCUAUUUCGUUAAAUCCUGAUUCUGCACAACCUUACAAAUGGAGAGGAUUUGCUAAUAAAAUGAUUGGUAAUUGGGAAGCCGCCUAUCGGGAUCUUCAGACAUCUUUGAGGUUAGACUACUCAGAUGAUGCCAAUGAAGCGAUAAAGGAAAUCGAACCAAAGCACAAACGAAUCUUCGAACAUAACAUGAAGUACGAGCGUAAACGACAAGAAAAGCUAGAACGAGAAAAACGCGAGCGAAUUCGAAAAGCACGAGAAGAGCGUGAACGCGCCCAGAGAGAUACAGAAAAACCCGAUUUCGACAUUCCAGGAAGCGGUAACAUUCCAGGCAUGGACAAUAUGUUUUCUCAACUGUUCAAUGAUCCAGAAUUGAUGUCUGCUAUCCAGGACCCUGAAGUGAUGAAGGCAUUCAGCGAAGUAUGCUCGAACCCAGCUGCCAUGGAUAAAUACAAAAACAACCCCAAGGUAAUGAAGGUCAUUGAGAAAAUGAAGAAUAGAUUUGGUGGCGGUGGUGCUAUGCCCGGAGGUAUGCCGUUCGGAAUGGGUGGAGCCGGGUUCAAUAUGCCUAACCAGUCAUGUCCAGAUCUAGACUAGGUAAAGAAACAUUGACCUCAGUCAUCUGGUGAUUCCAUUUAAAUACAUUUAAUCCCUCGACAUUUUCGUACAUAUGAAUAAAAGCUUCCAGACUGUUUUCUUUUCUUCUGCAUUAGCUGUUAUGGGUUUACCAAUUAUCAAUAGAGGGGUAGGGUUUUCUUCGUUAAGUUCCAGAUAAUUGGCGGUGAAAUAACGCAGAUUCUGUUUUACGUUAUACUAUUACAGUCAUUAAUUGCUUCAUAAGUAGAUUAUUCAGUUACUUUUGGAAUCAAUAUUGAGCUCUUAAGUGUUUUUUAUGGAAUGAAAAUCGAAUGACACUACACCGUAUAUACGUUGCUCUUAAAUGUUCAGUAACUUAACCGGCAGUCAGUAUUUAAGUUCAGGUUAUAUUGUGACACCAUAUAUAUAUAUAUAUAUAUAUAUAUAUAUAUAUAUAUAUAUAUCAGAUGUACAAAUACUUUUAACUUGGAUCAUCAAUAUCUGGCAAACUAAGUUGCACGAGUUGCUUUGGUACCGGUUUGGUUGUUAGGCGACACCAGGAAGCUGGCUCAUAAAAUAAGUCUAUAUUAAAAACUGAAAGGGAACACAUGUGUGUCGGAGGUGAAUUUCAUGGUAUGUUGAAAUGCCUUCCUAAAGGGCUGGCUUAUGCGCAAACGGGAAUCAAUGUGAUAGUCGCCACACAUUAAAGAUAAGCGUUUUGUUUAACAAAGUCCAUUUCGCCGAGUUGUCAGCAUAAAUGUAGCGUGAAAAAGGGCGGAUAUGGUGAUAUAGUAAACCCAUUGUCUGAUUGAUUGGUCCCCUAUUAUAAAAACAAUGUAACUACCAUAAAUAGUCGUACUUUGAAAACCACCAGCAAAACUCGUGGUAUAAUGAAUUGGGAAGUGUCUGAAUCCAUAUUGAUACGCCCACUAAACAUAUAAAUGUACGCUAUGUGUUUGUAUAACAAACGCUAAAUACAGUGAUGUGCUGUUAAAUAUUGGUUCAAUUCGUGGUCACACAUGUAGGAUGGUAAAAAUUUGUAGAUGAGGUGGG